AUGCGCAUGUCAGAAGAUCCUUUUCUUUCCUUUUUCUUUCCUUCUUUCUUUUUCUUACCUUUUUUUCACUCUUCUUUGCUUUUUCUUUUUUAUCUUUUUCUUUCAUUCACCUUUCCUUCUUCUUUCCUAUUUUUCCUUCAUCUUUCCCUUUCCUUCAUCUUUUCCUUCUUCUUUUUUCCUUUCCUUCUUUCUUUCCUUUUUCUUUCAUUUUUCGUUCCUUCUUCUUUGCUUUUUCUUUCCUUCAUCUUUCGUUCUGCUUUCCUUCUUCUUUCUUUCUUUCUUUCUUUCUUUCUUUCCUUCUUUCCAUUUUCGUUCCUUCUUCUUUACUUUGUCUUUCCUUCUUGUUUCCUUUUUCGUUCCUUCUCCUUUAACUUUUCUUUCCUUUUUUUUCUUUUUGCUUUCCUUCUUUCUUUUUGCUUUCCUUUUUCUUUUCUUCUCUUUUCUUUUUCUCUUUUUCUUUCAUUCUAUUUUCCUUCUUCUUUCCUUUUUCUUUCCUUUUUCUUUCUUUUUAUUUCUUCUUCUUUCCUUUUUUUCUUUCUCAUUUCUUCCUUUUUUACUUUCCUUUUCAUUUUUCACUCCUUUCCUUCUUCUUUCUUUCUUUCUUUCUUUCUUUCUUUCUUUCUUUAG